AUGGAUUUCUCAUUUUGUAUUGGAAUUCUAUUUGCUAUUCUGAAAGAGGCAGCUCUUCGUUCAGAUCUGAUGUUUGCCGCACCAGGAGACCGUGUGACUCUGCCCUGCCCUGUGGCCCGUGGCUCCAGCUGCACCUCUGUGUCCUGGACCAGAGCUGACCCCCUCUUUGCACUGAUCAAUCCGGGACAAGUGAUGGAUCCUAAUGUGACUCUGCUCUCAGACUGCUCUCUGCUCAUCAAGCACAUGGACCACAGUUACCCCGCAGUUUAUAUUUGUGAAAACGGCAAAAAGACCUGGAACGUGGAGCUUCAGUUCCUCAACAUUACUAAAAACCAGGAGAACCCUGUUGAGCUGCAAUGCUACAUCAACAAUCACCGCGGACUGUCACCGUGCACCGAGCCUGGACUCAGGGUCAUGUGGGUCGCAGAGGACAACAGCCCACUCCGAGGACAGCGCUUUCAGAUCCACAACGUCUCCAACUGUUUCUUCAAACUGCACUUCCACUGGCAGAAGCAGACGGACCACCUCAGACGGUGGAGGUGCCAGGUGCAGGUGAACGGCUCUGUUAAAGCCACAGCCUCGUACCUCACUACAGCCGCAGAUGGCAAAGAGGAAGUGUUCGCAGCAGUGGCUACCACCACAGUGAUCAAAGCUGUCACAGCUUCUCAUUCGGGGGAAUAUCAGUGUGUAGAAGGAGGACAGGCCAAAACGAUCUGGCUCCACACAAUUGACAUCAUUGCUCAGAUGGACGCAGAAAGACACAAUGCCACGCUGAGCUGUGUGCUGACCUGUGCCUGUGACCCCUGUGACAGCGACUUCAACCUCACCUGGUCUGAAGCUGACAAUACAUUCAUAAACAGUGAUUUAAUUGUUAGAAACAGAAGUCUUCUCAUCAAAUUCUGGAUCCCAGUGGCUUCUCUGGGCCGCGGGGACGUCGUGUGCUCAGCGCUGAGAGAAGGUGUUCCGGUGGUGACAAAGAAGUGGUGUUAUAACAAAAGCAGCCCUCUGAGGGCCCUUGCUUGGAUUGCGGUCCCCAUUGUCAUAUUGUGCUGUGUCUCUGUGGUGUAUUACAGAAAGAGGAGGCGCAAGGAUUCAGACUAG